ACAUUGUGAAGAAAAAAGCCAGUAGGAAGCUUGAAAARUCCUCUAAAGUUUGACUUGAAAAAUUGACUUCAGAAUAAGAUCAGUUAAGUGUAAAGACUUAUAGUAAAGAUUAAGCUAUAAACUAAUAAUUACGGUAGUCAUUUGGUUGUUAUUUGCAAUGACAAGGUAUAAAAGUGUCCCCUCUGUUGCAACAGGAGUAACGGUGAUCAGGCCGACGGUUUUUCGUCAGAUAACAGAUUUUGCCAACAUUUUCAAGUCAUUUAUUGGAACCAAUUGGAUAGCAUUGCCGUUUGCAUUCAGACAAAGUGGCCUACUGUUGGGGUGCAUUGGGUUGAUACUGAUUGCUAUGGCAACAGAUCAUUGCAGUCAUCUAAUAAUAAAAUGCAAAAAAGCUGCCGUCAAGAAAGUUUUACUGUCAAACCCAAAAUACACAGACCCCAGCACUUCAGAAGAAGAGUUAGAAGAAAUACGAGAUGCGACAGAGAAAAAAGUAAUGUAUGGUGAUAUUGGACGAAUAGCUCUGGGCAAGCUAGGAGUGGUUCUUGUUGAAGUUUCCUUACUUGCGACACAGUUUGGAUUUUGUAUUGGAUAUUUGAUAUUCAUCGGCAACACUAUUGGAUCAUUAUUCCCAGUUAACACGUUGCUAAAUGUCAACUCAUCGCAGGCUCACAAUUCUACUGACUAUCACCUUGACACUAAGAGCACUGCACCCACUUUUGCUAUAUUAGUGCUGAUUCCAGUCCUGCCUCUGAUUUUGAUGGCUUUUAUUCGACGUGUGAGAAAGCUUGGACCUGUUAGUUUUAUUUCUAAUGUUUCCUUGCUUAUUGCAUUUACAUCUGUUCUGGGAUAUAUGUUGAGUGGGCUCACCUUCAGGAUUAAAGACAUCAAGUUAGCGAAAUGGGCAACAUUUCCUGUUUUCUUUGGUCAGGUGACUAGUUCUUAUGAAGGCAUGGGAACGUUGAUUCCAAUUGAGACCAGCAUGGGAGACAACAGAAAGCGCUAUCCUCUCUACCUCCAUCUAGCUAUUGGAAUCAUCUCUCUCAUUCUGGGUGGUUUUGGUAUCGCUGGAUAUCUCGUCUAUGGUGACACUACUGAACAGAUUUCAACACAAAUGCUUCCACAAGGUCAACCCUUAGUAAUCAUAGUACAGAUCCUUUUAUGCCUAGCAAUCCUUUUCACCUAUCCAUUACAGCUCUAUCCGAUAACAGAGGUUAUCGAGAGCUAUAUUUUUAAAGAUGGAAAUGUGAAGAAACCUCCUUCAGACAUCGAGGGACAGAAUGAUGGGGAUCAAGAUACAUCUGAAAAUGAGCCAGUUAAUGAGGAAUUGAUUGAUAGCAAUUCUAUUGGACCUGGGAUUGCCUGUGUUAAUGAUAUCGAUGAGACAACAGAGUUGUUGUCUGCUACAGAUAACAAGAUGAAAAAGCCAAUGAAAAAGAAACCAAACUGGCGCAAGAAUGUCCUCAGAACAUUACUGGUUCUCCUAACUGCAGGAGUGGCAAUUGCACUGAAGGAUGACUUUGCAUAUGUUGGUGCCCUCUGUGGCUCUCUCGGCAGCUCAACCCUUGGUUUCAUACUCCCUUGCAUAUUCCACAAUGUUCUCCUGAAAGAAACGAACUCUAAGCUUACAGUGGCCAAGAAUUAUUUGCUACAAUUGUUUGGUGUUGUUGGAGGAGCUGUUGGUGUGGCUGUGACCAUCACGCAAAUCGUCAAACAGUUUUCAAAGUGAUUACCAUGUUUGAUUCAAUCAUUUGCUCAAUUUACAUAUUGGUGUUGGUACAGUAUACAGAUUGUCAAUCAUCAUUCACGUUACCAGUUUGUUACACUGAGAGACUGAACCUAUGACAAUAUAUGUAAAAUGUCCCAGUAUUCAACCAUUUCUGCCAAUGAUGCAUGGGAAAACAAAUAAAGCAGAAUGACAAGUCCAUAUUUGAUCUAGUAUUGGUUACAGCAGUACUGAUUGACAAAAUGGUGAUAGCGAAGUUCAUGCUGCUAAUUCAUCCAUUUAUGGAGGCAAUUCCGUAUUUCCAAAUUUCUAUUAUGAUUUAUUUAUAUCUAUUUUGUUUGGUGGCCAAUUUUUUUAAAAUUUAUAAACUACUUUAUAUUCUAGUCUGAAUAAAUGCAUGAGAUAGCCAAUGUUUUAUAAUUAAUGCUGUUAGAGAGCUAGUAAGAAUCACUAGUUUAAUAAAAUACAUUUCUAAAUUAUUGAUUGUGUAAAAAAAAUAUUCAAAACAGGUAUUAAAGGGACUGGGGGUUGCUAUAGCUGUAGCCUCUGCCACAAGUGUC